AUGACCCGCAAUAUUUCUUCUCAGAGCUCUGCGGGGUCGUCAAAUUCUCCGUCGCCUGGUGGUGAAUUACCAUGGACCCCAGACUUUAAGGGCCCUUUACAACACCCCCCAAUAGCAAGAACAACCUCCUGGUGUGCACGUAGCGAGCCUUUUGAUUACAUUUCCGAAGACGAGGCAGAUGACAUUGAUGACGACUUGGAUGAUGGCCAUGAGGGUAACAACAAUAAUACUCUAGAAACAGGCCAGAUGAAUUUGAUGAUGGUUAUAUUAACAUUUCUGACUUCAGUGUGUGGAUUUCUGUUUGGUUAUGAUACCGGGUACAUUUCCGGCGCCCUGGUGGUGAUUGGAAACGAUUUAGGGGAUACUCCACUAACAAGUGGUAAUAAAGAACUGAUUACGUCGGCCACGUCGCUGGGCGCACUUGUGGCUGCAUGUUUGGGGGGAGUUUUGGCUGACCAGUUUGGGCGCAAGUGGGUGAUUUCAUUUGCCAAUGUCUUGUUUAUUGCUGGGGCAGGGAUGCAAGCGGGUGCACAUACAUUAUGGACGAUGGUUGGUGGAAGAUUUGUGAUGGGAUGGGGUGUUGGACUUGCAUCGUUGGUUGCACCGUUAUAUAUUUCUGAAAUGGCACCGUCCCGGUUCCGUGGAAGAUUAGUUGUGAUUAAUGUGCUUGCAAUUACAGGAGGACAACUGGUAGCUUAUUCAAUUUCAGUAGGGUUAUCGCAUGUUAAUAAUGGAUGGCGGAUAUUGGUAGGAUUAUCAAUGAUUCCUGCAGCCAUGCAGAUGGUUGUUUUCAUAUUUAUGCCAGAUACUCCUCGGUACUUGGUUAGCCGGGGUCGGGUGGAGACUGCUAGGCGGGUGUUGUCUCAAGUAUAUGGGAAAGUGUGUCGGGAACAGGAGAUUGAGGAUAAGUUAGAGGAGUUGAUCAAGUAUAAUUUAGGACAAGACUCUUAUGUGGAUGGUAGAGGGACAUUUGAGCAAGGGUUUGAACAGAAUGGGAAUGGGAAUGGUAGAGGAGGAGUAGGAGUAGGAGUAGAGGAUAGUAUGGAUGAAAACACAGCACGACGGGCUACCAAUAAUGCACCCAAUAAAAGGAAUAUACGCGGGAGGUUACGUCGGUGGGGGUUCCGGACUCUAGCUCCGUAUUAUGAGGUUUUGAGUGUGGGAGCGAAUUUCCGGGCGGUUGUUAUUACAUGUGGGUUACAAGGGAUUCAACAAUUUUCUGGGUUUAAUUCUUUAAUGUAUUUUAGUGGGACAAUUUUUGAAUCAGUUGGAUUUGAAGAUCCAACUACAGUUUCAUUAAUUGUUGCAGGGACAAAUUUUGUAUUUACGAUUGUUGCAUUUAUGGCUAUUGAUAAGAUUGGACGUCGAAGAAUUUUAUUAUGGACUAUUCCUGGGAUGGCAGUUGGACUUGUGAUUAAUGCGAUUGCUUUUCAUUUUUUAAAAUUUACGAUAUCAAAGAGUGGAGGUUUAGUCGGAGAUGCGAGUAAUAAGGAUAGCCGAUGGGCCGGGGUUGUGAUAUUUGCCAUGUUAUUUUAUGUGGCUUUCUAUGCGGUAGGUACAGGAAAUGUUCCGUGGCAACAAAGUGAAAUGUUUCCAACUCGAGUCCGAGGGGCCGGAACAUCAUUAGCUACAGCUACGAAUUGGGCUGGGUCACUUGUUAUUUCAUCUACAUUUUUGACAAUGUUGCGUAACAUUACACCUACAGGGACAUUUGCUUUAUUUGCUGGGCUUUGUGUGACUGGUGUUAUAUUUGUAUACUUUGUAUAUCCGGAAACUGCUGGGUUAACAUUGGAGGAAGUGACUGGAUUACUUGCUACGGGCUUUAAUGUCAAGGAAAGUGAGCGAUUGAGUCGGGAAAGAACGGCAGAAAUUAGUGCUAGAGAAGAAGAUGGAGAGUAA